GAAUAUUGGUUUGUUUCAUAUCUUAAGGAAUAAUAUAACUGAGGUUGUACAAUAGUUGCAAUAAGUAUUCUACUUCAAUUGUGAACUGCUCCUAGGCCGCCGGCUUUGUAAAACAGCUGUACAAGCUAAAACUACAAACAAUUGUAUUUUCUAGUUAUCUUCGAGAAUUGUGAAAAAUUAGGAAACAUGCGUGAUAUUGAGAUUUUAGAUCCCAGAAAUCUAGUGAAGAAUCGUGAGAUACUUUACAGACUUAUUAUAAGUCAGUUGAUGUACGAUGGACUGGAGAAGUUUGCAAUGGAACUUUCCAUGUUAGUAAAAGCAGAUGAAUGCGCCCCCAGUGAACGCUUAUUACAUGUUAUGAUCGCCGGCAUGCAGGCUACUACCGAAAAACCAAUUGCACCCAAGGACGACGUUCUACCUGGAAUUGAUUUAGAAUUUGAGCCCGAGGCAUCCGCACUUGCGCCCGAACCGGCUUCAUAUGAAACUGCUUACGUUACUUCACAUAAGCAGUCUUGUCGUGCUGGUGCAUUUAGUCACGAUGGUACACUCGUUGCCACAGGCAGUGUAGACGCAAGUAUAAAAAUUUUAGAUGUUGAGCGCAUGUUGGCUAAAUCGGCACCAGAAGACAUAGAACCUGGUCGUGAACAACAAGGACAUCCCGUUAUACGUACGCUAUAUGACCACACAGACGAAGUAGCUUAUUUGGAGUUCCAUCCCAAAGAACAUAUACUUGCAUCCGGUUCAAGAGAUGGUACCGUAAAACUUUUUGAUAUUGCCAAACCUUCAGUGAAAAAGGCGCAUAAAGUCUUCACUGAUUGCGAACCUGUAACCUGCUUGUCAUUUCAUCCCACCGGUGAUUAUAUGGCAAUUGGCACAGAACACUUUGUUUUGCGUGUCUAUGAUGUACACACAUCACAAUGUUUUGUGAGUGCCAUACCGUCGCAGCAACAUAAAGCAGCGGUAACCUGUGUGAAAUUUGCACCAACGGCGAAGUUAUAUGCCACCGGCAGUUUAGAUGGUGCAAUAAAAAUAUGGGACGGAGUCAGCGGACGCUGUAUUAAUACCAUACCCGAGGCACAUGCGGGCGCAGAAAUUUGUUCAUUGGAAUUCACCAGGAAUGGAAAGUAUUUACUUUCAUCUGGAAAAGACUCACUGGUCUAUUUAUGGGAGUUGUGCACCAGUCGCCCAGUACAAACAUACACCGGUGCUGGUACUACUGGCAAACAGGAACACAAUACACAGGCAGUAUUCAAUCACACCGAAGAUUACGUGCUCUUUCCCGAUGAAGCCACCACUUCUUUAUGUUCGUGGAAUUCUCGCAACGGUGGUCGCUUGAAUUUAAUGUCACUCGGCCAUAAUGGUCCAGUACGUUUUAUAACACAUUCACCUAACUCCCCGGCAUUUUUAACAUGCUCAGAUGAUUUCCGUGCACGCUUUUGGUAUCGCCGUUCAACGAAUCAGUAGUUUGUUUUAAUAAAUUAGUUUUUGCAAUUCUUUCCGUUAAUGUUCGGAUAUAUAUUAUAUAAGAAUUUCAUU